CUCCCCGCUCUUAGGAGUGGGAACAAAUAGCUUGCUUUCACCCUUUUUAAAGGAAUGUCACAAUCAAGGCCAGGGCCCCAAGACACUGUGCGCUUCCUCUGGCUCUCUUCUAAAGAGCCUACUGAACAGGUCUUCCUGUGCAACUCUAACGGUUUUCCCGUCACUGAAGAGAGCAGCUGGCGCAUUAGCCAACAACACAGGUGUGGCUGCUCUAGUGGGAUCAGAUUCGGGUUUCCCUCAACAGACAGCAGACCAAUCUGCAAAAGGAACACCUAGGUGGGUUUGAAGAUGCUGCUCCAGCUGCUUUCUGUCCUCUGGGAGGCCUUGUCCCUGCAGGUCAUUCUGGUGUUUCUGGCUACAUUUCUAUUUCUUGCUGAUUACAAGGAAAAGAUUCGCCCAAGGAAUUUCCCCCCAGGGCCCAUGCUUCUUCCCUUGCUGGGUAACAUGCUACAUGUGGAUUUCAAGAAGCCUCACAUUUCACUUCUAAAGCUUAUAGAAAAAUACGGCAAUAUCUACAGUCUUCAGAUUGGAAGCAUGAGGUUUGUGGUUGUGAAUGGAUUGCAUCUGGUGAAAGAGGCUCUUGUCCACCAGGGUGAAAACUUUGUAGAUCGACCAAAUAGUCCUGGUACCCAGGAAAUGUUUGGGUCAUCUGGGCUGGUCUUCUCUAAUGGUCUCAUCUGGAAACAACAAAGACGAUUUGCCUUAUCAACACUCAGAAACUUUGGUUUGGGCAAAAGGUCUUUAGAAGAAAGAAUACAGGAGGAGAGCCGUUACUUAAACGAAGCAAUAGAAGCUGAGAAAGGGCAGCCAUUUGACCCUCACUUUCAGAUUAAUAAUGCUGUUUCAAAUAUCAUCUGUUCCAUCACUUUUGGGGACCGCUUUGAUUACCAUGACAGCCGUUUCCAUAAUUUAUUGCACCUGUUUGAUGAGGCUAGCCAACUUCAGGGAAGUUUUUGGAGUAUGCUGUACGAUGCAUUUCCUACUGUCAUGAAGCACUUGCCAGGGCCCCAUCACACACUUUUUAAAAAAUGGGGUCAGUUGAAAUCCUUUGUGAGAGAAAUCAUUGAAAAACACAAGAAAGACUGGAACCCAUCUGAACCCAGAGACUUCAUUGAUGCCUACCUAAAUGAAAUGGCCAAGGUGAGAGAUGAAAAGGAGGAAGCCCCUUCCAGUUUCCAUGAAGAAAGCCUCCUACAAUCAACACUGGAUCUGUUUUUUGCUGGAACAGAAACAACUUCUACAACCCUGCGCUGGGCUUUGCUGUACAUGGCCAUUUAUCCAGACAUUCAAGCAAAAGUCCAAGUGGAAAUAGAUUCUGUGAUUGGCCAGUCUCGCCAGCCAGCAAUGGCUGACAGGGACAACAUGCCGUAUACCAAUGCGGUUGUUCAUGAAAUUCAAAGAAUAAGCAACAUUGUGCCUUCGAAUGUGCCCCGGGUUACAACUAAGGACACUACACUGGCUGGGUUUCAUAUUCCCAAAGGAACCAUAAUGCUUGCCAAUUUGACCAGUGUGCUGUUUGACAAGGAUGAGUGGGAAACACCCAAUGAGUUUAAUCCUGGCCAUUUCCUGGAAAAUGAUCAGUUCACGAAAAGGGAAGCGUUCUUGCCAUUCUCUGCAGGAAAGCGAUCUUGUCUUGGAGAGCAGUUGGCGAGGACCGAGCUCUUUCUUUUCUUCACUGCCCUAAUUCAGAAGUUCACUUUCCAGGCUCCAAAGAAUGAGACAUUAAGCCGUGAAUAUAGGAUGGGUUUGGCAUUGUCUCCCCUGCCAUACCGAAUAUGUGCAUUCUCUCGCUAAGGGGACCUAUCUUAUAGCAUUGCCAUUUCUUUAAAAAGUCGGAUUAGUUUGUGGGGCAGAAACACACCUGUGGCUUAAUCCUAAU